GGCCCCUCCUCCCCCGGCCGGCGUUGUGUAACCGGGCACCGCGGGGCGAGGGGCCGGGCUAGCCCCCGCCGCCGCGGGACUCCGGGAGCCACCGGACGCCGGGCCCGCUGCGCCUACGGGCCGAGGGGCAGGAGGAACAGGAGCAGCACAUUUGGAUUCGGAUGGUGACACUCUGAGGACCACUGCAUCCCUCCAGCAGAUCUCUGCUUGCAGAGAGAAAUGCUUAUCAGCAGGAGAGCCGUGAUCAGCGAUUGUGUGGCAUCCUCUUUUCGGGGCGAUAUGUUGUAAAGACCCUGGAGCGUCAGCCAGGUAACCCUUGAGAUGUCUCCUACUGAAAUCCAGAAACUUUUCACUGCCAGAGCCAGUGUUGUAUGAGGUCUCUGAUGAGAUGAGGGCUCCUGCAGAGCUGUUCUCCUUGUGGCCCAUUCUGUACGAACAGGGACAGAGCUCCUUGAAAUCAUCUUCUCGCUGUUGAUACACGGAGGGUUUGCUGAUGGCCACAUCUGUGGGGUUAUAAAAUGUUUUUGCAGUAAAUGGAGGUCUGGCAGCUCUGUCUGUUUUGAUUCCUUUGUUGUGCAGGUCUGAGGAGAACAGCCAGGAUGCCACAUCGCACCAUUCAUCUUUUCCGGAAGGGACUUCGGCUUCACGACAACCCAACGUUGCUGGCCGCGCUGGAGUGCUCGGAGGUCGUCUACCCUGUCUACAUCCUGGACAGAAAGUUCAUGACGUCUGUGAUGCACAUAGGAACCCUGCGGUGGCAUUUUCUGCUGCAGUCCCUGGAGGAUCUCCAGAAAAACUUGUAUCAGCUGGGCUCUUGCUUGCUGGUUAUUCAAGGAGAGUACGAGUCUGUUCUUAGAGAUCACACCCAGAAGUGGAAUAUCACGCAAGUGACUCUGGAUGCAGAGAUGGAGCCAUUUUACAAGGAGAUGGAGGCCAACAUACGACGUCUGGGAGAAGAGCUGGGGUUUGAGGUGCUUUCUCUGGUGGGCCACAGUCUUUACAAUACCAAACGGAUUUUGGACCUGAACAGUGGGACUCCCCCAUUAACAUACAAGAGGUUCCUUCACAUUCUGUCUCUGCUCGGUGACCCUGAGGUGCCUGUACGAAACCUUACAGCUGAAGACUUCCAGAAAUGUAGGCCCCCUGACCUGGGCCUGGCUGAGUGUUACAGGGUGCCUCUCCCUGUGGAUUUGAAGAUACCUGCGGAGAGCCUCUCUCCCUGGAGAGGAGGAGAGACCGAAGGGCUACAGCGCUUGGAGCAACACUUGACUGACCAGGGCUGGGUGGCAAGUUUUACUAAACCGAGAACAAUCCCAAAUUCGCUGCUUCCAAGCACCACAGGCCUGAGCCCAUAUUUCAGUAUGGGCUGUCUGUCAGUUCGCACCUUUUUUUAUAGGUUGUCAAACAUUUAUGCUCAGGCCAAGCAUCACUCUCUGCCCCCGGUGUCGCUUCAAGGGCAGCUUCUGUGGAGGGAAUUCUUCUAUACGGUGGCAUCAGCAACACCAAAUUUCAACAAAAUGGCUGGGAACCCCAUCUGCCUUCAGAUCAGUUGGUAUGAGGAUGCGGAGCGGCUCCACAAAUGGAAAACGGCACAGACAGGGUUCCCAUGGAUCGAUGCGAUUAUGACCCAGCUGCGCCAGGAAGGCUGGAUCCAUCAUCUUGCUCGGCAUGCUGUCGCCUGCUUCCUGACGCGGGGGGACCUUUGGAUCAGCUGGGAAGAGGGCAUGAAGGUGUUCGAAGAGCUGCUGUUAGAUGCUGACUACAGCAUCAACGCAGGGAACUGGAUGUGGCUGUCGGCCAGCGCAUUCUUCCACCAGUACACGCGUAUCUUCUGCCCCAUCCGCUUUGGGAAGCGCACAGACCCUGAGGGACAGUACAUUCGGAAAUACUUGCCUAUACUAAAGAACUUUCCCUCCAAGUACAUCUACGAGCCCUGGACAGCAACUGAAGAGGAGCAGAAGCAAGCAGGGUGUAUCAUAGGUCAAGAUUACCCCUUCCCAAUGGUGAACCACAAGGAAGCCAGCGACCACAACCUGCAGCUGAUGAAACAGGUCAGAGAGGAACAGUACAGAACAGCCCAGCUCACGAGAGGUCUGCACAAAUGGACUCCCCAGCCCCCAGGUUUGCGAGAUGAUACGGAUGACCCAAUGGAAAUGAAGGUAAAGCGUGACCACUCUGAAGAAAAUGUAUCCAAAGGAAAAGUGGCCAGGAUGACAGAACAAACCAAGAUCCCAUCAGGGAUUACUCAUUGGGAACCAAAAAAUGGCAAAAGGGGAGAGCCAGAGGCCAGCUGAACUGGACAAACUAUACAGUACUUUGCCCUGCAAAUGGUGCCUCUUAUUGUGAACUGACCUCCAAGAAAAAUGUCGUAUCUUGAAUGUGUUUGUUAGUGUAGUUAUUUUGAAUGAAAUUGUGUGUCUGUGAGUGGCUUACAAGCCAUUUGUUGCAGCUGUUGGGUAAAUUCAAGUGGUGACUGGUUGGCUUGUUUUGGCUGGGAUAGAGUUAAUUUUCUUCACAGUAGCUAGUAUGAGGCUGUGUUUUGGAUUUGUGCUGAAAACAGUGUUGAUAACACAGGGAUGUUUUUGUUACUGCUGAGCAGUGCUUACACACAGUCAAGGUCUUUUGUGCUUCUCACAUUGCGAGAGCGUAGGCUGGUGGUGCACAAGAAGUUGGGAGGAGGCACAGCCAGGACAGCUGACCCCAACUGACCAAAGGGGUGUUCCAGACCAUAUCACGUCAUGUGCAGCCUGUAAAGCUGGGGGAAGAAGGAGGAAGGGGGGAUGUUUGGAGUGAUGGCGUUUGUCUUCCCAAGUCACCGUUACGCAUGGUGGAGCCCUGCUUUCCUGGAGAUGGCUGAACCUGCCUGCCGAUGGGAAGUAGUGAAUGAAUUCCUUGUUUGCUUUGCUUGCGUGCGCAGCUUUUGCUUUACCUAUUAAACUGUCUUUAUCUCAGCCCAUGGGUUUUCUUACUUUUACCCUUCUGCUUCUCUCCCCGAUCCCACUGUGAGGGAGGUGAGUGAGCGGCUGCGUGGUGCUUAGUUGCCGGCUGGCAUUAAACCAUGACAGUCCUUUUUGGCGCCCAAGUGGGGCUCGAAGGGUUUGAGAUAACGACAGAUUUGAUUGGAAUGUGCUAUAUCAAAUUUAUAGCUGUUAUUGCUGUUUAGCUUUUAAUUGGCAGGCUCCUGUGCUUGCAUGGGGCUUGCUUGUCUCACUGUCUAUUGGAGUCUAGUGCUCGUUAGUGGCUGCUUUUUGCUUUUGCUGUUUGCUGUACUGCUUAUCAUCUUACUCUGCUGUGCCUGGGAACAUUCUGAUAACAGCAAUGGCAAUGCGCCUGGGCUGGCAGACGGCCAGGGCAUCGCUGCUGUUUCUGUGCUGCUGUAGCAGACAGGCUGGAACUCCAGUGUGAACUCGAGUUGAAGGGACUGUGACCUGUGGAUGAGUCCACAUGGGAGCAGGACACCCCGAAGCAUCUGUGACCGUGGAUAAGUCCAUGCCUGAGCACGUAUAUCUUGAAGCGUCUGUGGCUGUGGUUAUGUCUAUGCCACAGCAGGUAUACCUCUGAAGGCAUUGUGGCCCAAGGAUAAGUCCAUGCUAGAGAAGGUACACCCCAAAGCAUCUGUGGCUCUGGGUAAGUCCACGCUGCAGCAGGUACACCUUGAAGCAUCCAUGGCUGUCCAUGGGGUCAUGCUGGAGCACCUCAACACACGUGGCCAUGGGUAAGCCCAUGACAGAACAGGUACACCCCUGGAGGGACCGCAGCUGUGGGUAAGGCCAUAGAGCCAUUGGAGCAGGUUUACUUCUGAAGGGACUGUGGCUGUGCAUAAGGCCAUGCUGGAGCAGGUAUAUCUCUGAAGGCAUUGUUGCCCAUGGAUAAGGCCACGCUAGAACAGGUGCACCUCAAAGUGGCUGUGGAUAAGUCUACGCCACAGCACGUAUACCUCUGGAGAGGCUGUGGCCCACAGAUAAGGCUCCAGUUGGAGCAGGUGCACGCCUAAGGGACUGCAGUCUGUGGAUAAGUCUAAGCUGGAGCAGGGGCAAGGGGAGGAGUUUGUUGCAAUGUUAAACCCUAUGGUCUGGUCCAAAGGGACCAAGGGUGGAGAUUUUAAUAGAAAUACAUUUAAAUUGUUGUAACCCGGGAUCUGAGUUGCAUGUUAGGGGAAUUACUACAGCAGGAACCACCUGAACCAAUGGAGCACAAGCCUUACAAGAAGCAGUGCAAGUGCAGCAGUGACCUGACCUGAGCUGGCUUUGGUGCCCAGUAAUUCCAUGCAACACAGCACCCCUCCUGACCUUAGUGACCACCAUAAGAGAUGGAGCCCAAAGUCAUGGACUAAAUGAACUCAGUGGACAUUUAUGGACAUUUUACAGACAUUUCACAGGGGUGGCCCGUAGACUAAGGGAAUGAUAUCUGUGUUAUUGUAUCAAAGGAUGGGAUGGGUGGUGGUGGGUAAUGAGAAUGUAUUGGAUAGUGUGAGACCUGAGCAUGACGUAAAUGGUAUGGAAUAAGGGGUGGAGAAUGUGCUAGUUUUGGCUGGGAUAGAGUUAAUUUUCUUCACAGUAGCUGGUAUGGGGCUAUGUUUUGGACUUGUGCUGAAAACAGUGUUGAUAACACAGGGAUGUUUUCAUUACUGCUGAGCAGUGCUUACACACAGUCAAGGUCUUUUCUGCUUCUCACACUGUGAGAGUGUAGGCUGGGGGUGCAUAGGAAGCUGGGAGGAGGCACAGCCAGGACAGCUGACCCCAACUGACCAAAGGGGUGUUCCAGACCAUAUCACGUCAUGCUCAGCAUAUAGAGCUGGGGGAAGAAGGUGGAAGGGGGAACGUUCAGAGUGAUGAUGUUUUGUCUUCCCAAGUCACCGUUACGCAUGGUGGAGCCCUGCUUUCCUGGAGAUGGCUGAACCUGCCGGCCGAUGGGAAGUAGUGAAUGAAUUCCUUGUUUUGCUUUGCUUGCAUGCGCAGCUUUUGCUUUACCUAUUAAACUGUCUUUAUCUCAGCCCACAGGUUUUCUCACUUUUACCCUUCUGCUUCUUUCCCCCAUCCCACUGUGAGUGAGCAGCUGUGUGGUGCUUAGUUGCCGGCUGGCGUUAAACCACGACACUGGUUUUGAUAGGACAUGUUGCUAUAGCAUUGUUCAAAUCCACUUGAUGUUCAUGCAUCUGUAUAAAUAAUCUUAAGGGUAAAUACUAGUCUUUCCAACAUGCCAGAUAAGUAUCAGUUGAAGAAUAUAUGCACAUUAAUGUGUUCACACAUUAGUGUUAAAAGCAUGAUUUGCCUGUCUUGUAGAGACAGAGGCUUAGGGGUUUUCAGAUAUGGUUUUUAAGUUCACAGUUUGUGCUUGCACAAACCUUGGGGAGGUACAGCACAAUGCAGCCCGUUGUAAGGUUGUGUGUAUGACUUGGAUGGGACUUCUUACGCAUUUUAAGGGCAAUGUUGCAAAAUCUCACACUGAGUUAGGGCUGAUGUACAACUUCCUUCACCAUAACUCUCCUUGUUGGCUAAUCCCUCUAGAACUGUAGGGUAGGUAUUAUUUCUAUCAUGUACCACAUGUAAAAAUUUACCCAUCUGUUGCAAUGUCUAUUUGUGAAGUUUCACAAGGCUGGAUUAGUCAAUUAUCUUUGUUAUGGUUGGGGUUUUGGUGGGGGUGGGGGGAGUGGAGUGGGUUUUUAAUCACUGUAGGUACUAUUUUUGGUUUUAAAGGAAAUAAAAAUGAUUUUUGACAUGAAAAA